CUUUCCAGCUGCUGAGGCUGCGGUCUGCCCCACGCGCCGAGAGGAGCCGAGCCCCAGCCCGGCGAGGCGCGGGGGGCGUCGCCUACGGCCGCCAGGGCUCGGCGCGUGGGGCGGGGCCGCGGGGGGCCGGGAGAGGCAUCCAUCUUCCCGGACGAGCCUGCGCUUCCUUACCAAGCGGGGCGAGGGCGAAGGGCACGGGCCACGGCGCCGCCCCUCCCGCGAGCCCUGCCCCUCUUCGCCAGGCCCCGCGGGACCCGUCCGGCCGCCGCCGCCGCCGCCCGCAGUUCGCUCUCUGGGCGCGGGGAGCCGCGGGCCGUGUGCGCGCCGGCAACUUUGCGGCCGCCGGGGGCGCGGCUCCUCCCGGUGCGCGUGCGAGUGUGCAAGGCAGCGGCGGCCUCCUGGGGGCAGCAGCGGAGAGCGGGACGGGGAGAAAGAGGUAGCGUCGGCGCCCCGCGGCCAAGGAGGCAGAGGCCCCUCGCGGCGCCGGCUGUCGAGAUCUAAACUCCGCCGGUGCUGCGCCCAGGACGCGUUCAGACCGCGCAGCGGCCGCCCUCAGGCCCGGCAGCAGGGACUCGCUCUAGGAUUACGUUUCCUCUCGUCCGCCCGGGCGCUAGCGGCAGCUUUUGCCGACGGGGGAGCGGCGUCCGCGGCGGCAGCAUCCCGGCCCGGGCGGGACCCUCGAGCGGCGGAGCCGGCGGCUGGAGCAGGAAGGGAGGGUCGCGGCGUCCGCCCUCCAGAGCCGGCCCUGCCCCCGAGCGCCCGGUGCGGGUUUGUAACAAUGGUGCGGAGCGCCGGCGCGAACCCCGCGUCCGCCCAGCGGCCGUAGAGGAAGUGGCCGGCUCCGGGUGGGGUGGGCAGGGAGACGCCCCCCGCCGCUGGCUCGCGGGAGUUUGCGCGACGGGCCUCUCCGGCCCCGAGGCCCCCCUCCCCCCCUCUCGGAUCACCGACGGCAGCUCGAAGCGGAGAGUAUGGUGCCGGCGCCCGGGUUAAUCUAGUCCUCGGCUCGCUCCUCUUUUCCGCCUCCUCGUCUUCCUCCUCCUUUACCUCCUGUGGGUGCUGCCUCCGGGUUCCCCGUGUGUGGGAGUACAACUCUCCGCCUCUCCAAGGAGACUGGUUUGUGACGACCGAACAGAACUUGCCCAUUGAAAGCGGACCCAGAACAGCUGGAUAAUGUCCACUCCGAGCAGAUUCAAGAAGGACAAAGAGAUCAUAGCCGAGUAUGAAAGUCAAGUCAAAGAAAUCCGAGCUCAGCUGGUAGAACAGCAAAAAUGCCUGGAGCAGCAAACAGAGAUGCGAGUUCAGCUUCUCCAGGACCUGCAGGAUUUCUUCCGGAAAAAAGCUGAAAUUGAGACGGAAUAUUCUCGGAACUUAGAGAAGUUAGCUGAAAGGUUCAUGGCAAAAACAAGAAGCACCAAGGAUCAUCAGCAGUACAAGAAAGACCAGAACUUGUUGUCUCCAGUGAACUGCUGGUAUUUGCUUCUGAACCAAGUGAGACGAGAAAGCAAAGACCAUGCCACUUUGAGUGACAUCUAUCUGAACAACGUGAUUAUGCGAUUCAUGCAGAUAAGUGAGGAUUCCACCAGGAUGUUUAAAAAGAGCAAAGAGAUUGCAUUCCAGCUUCAUGAGGAUUUGAUGAAGGUUCUUAAUGAACUCUAUACGGUGAUGAAAACAUACCAUAUGUAUCAUGCAGAGAGCAUCAGUGCAGAGAGCAAGCUGAAAGAGGCUGAGAAACAAGAAGAAAAGCAAAUUGGAAGAUCCGGUGACCCGGUCUUUCAUAUUAGACUAGAAGAGAGACAUCAGCGGCGAAGCUCUGUAAAGAAAAUUGAGAAAAUGAAAGAAAAAAGACAAGCAAAGUAUUCGGAAAAUAAACUAAAAUCAAUUAAGGCACGGAAUGAGUAUCUCUUAACCCUUGAAGCAACCAAUGCCUCGGUUUUCAAGUAUUAUAUUCAUGAUCUUUCAGAUUUAAUUGACUGCUGUGAUCUUGGCUACCAUGCAAGUCUGAACAGAGCCCUGAGAACAUAUCUCUCUGCAGAGUAUAAUCUUGAAACUUCCAGACAUGAAGGCUUAGACAUUAUUGAGAAUGCGGUUGACAAUUUGGAGCCCCGGAGUGAUAAACAGAGAUUCAUGGAGAUGUACCCUGCAGCAUUCUGUCCACCGAUGAAGUUUGAGUUUCAGUCUCACAUGGGUGAUGAGGUGUGUCAGGUUAGCGCUCAGCAACCAGUCCAGGCAGAGCUCAUGCUCAGGUACCAGCAGCUGCAGUCCCGGCUGGCCACGCUGAAAAUCGAGAAUGAGGAGGUUAAGAAAACAACUGAAGCCACCUUGCAGACCAUACAAGAUAUGGUCACCAUUGAGGACUAUGAUGUUUCUGAAUGCUUCCAGCACAGUCGGUCCACAGAGUCUGUGAAGUCUACUGUCUCUGAGACCUACCUGAGUAAGCCCAGCAUCGCCAAGAGAAGAGCAAACCAGCAGGAGACUGAGCAGUUCUACUUCAUGAAACUCCGAGAGUAUUUGGAAGGUAGUAAUCUCAUCACAAAACUUCAAGCCAAACAUGACUUGUUGCAGAGGACCCUUGGAGAAGGUCAUAAAGCUGAAUAUAUGACUACAAGGCCUCCAAAUGUUCCCCCUAAGCCCCAGAAACACAGGAAGUCCAGACCCCGCUCACAGUAUAAUGCUAAGUUGUUUAAUGGGGAUUUGGAAACAUUCGUCAAGGACUCAGGACAGAUUAUCCCCCUCAUUGUGGAAAGCUGUAUUCGGUUCAUCAAUCUCUAUGGUCUUCAGCAUCAGGGGAUUUUCAGAGUGUCUGGUUCCCAGGUGGAAGUCAAUGAUAUUAAAAAUUCAUUUGAGAGAGGUGAAAACCCUUUGGCUGAUGACCAGAGUAACCAUGAUAUUAACUCCGUUGCUGGCGUUCUGAAGCUGUAUUUCCGUGGGCUGGAAAACCCCCUCUUUCCUAAGGAAAGAUUCAACGAUCUGAUUUCUUGUAUCAGAAUAGAUAAUCUCUAUGAGAGGGCGCUUCACAUCCGCAAACUCCUCCUGACCUUGCCUAGGUCCGUCCUUAUCGUGAUGAGGUACCUCUUUGCCUUCCUCAAUCACCUUUCACAGUACAGCGAUGAGAACAUGAUGGACCCUUAUAACCUGGCCAUUUGUUUUGGCCCGACAUUGAUGCCCGUCCCAGAAAUACAGGAUCAAGUGUCUUGUCAGGCGCAUGUGAAUGAAAUUGUCAAAACCAUCAUCAUCCACCAUGAAACUAUUUUCCCGGAUGCUAAAGAGCUGGAUGGCCCUGUUUAUGAGAAAUGUAUGGCUGGGGAUGACUACUGUGACAGCCCAUACAGUGAGCACGGUACGCUGGAGGAAGUGGAUCAGGACGCUGGUACGGAGCCCCACACCAGUGAAGACGAAUGUGAGCCAAUAGAAGCGAUAGCCAAGUUUGACUACGUUGGGCGAUCCGCCAGAGAACUGUCCUUCAAGAAGGGCGCCUCCCUGCUGCUGUAUCACCGCGCGUCUGAGGACUGGUGGGAAGGAAGACACAAUGGCAUUGAUGGGCUCGUGCCUCAUCAGUACAUAGUGGUGCAGGAUAUGGAUGAUACAUUUUCAGACACUCUGAGCCAGAAAGCUGACAGUGAGGCCAGCAGUGGGCCAGUCACUGAAGACAAGUCAUCAUCCAAGGACAUGAACUCCCCAACAGACCGUCACCCGGACGGCUAUUUAGCCAGACAGAGAAAAAGAGGAGAGCCACCCCCUCCAGUAAGGCGUCCUGGCAGGACCAGUGAUGGCCAUUGUCCCCUCCACCCCCCACAUCCUCUUUCCAACUCCUCCGUUGACCUGGGGUCCCCAAACUUGGGCAGUCACCCCCGGGGCCUGCUGCAGAACCGUGGCCUCAACAAUGACAGUCCUGAGAGGAGACGCCGGCCCGGCCAUGGGAGCUUGACCAAUAUCAGCCGACACGACUCCCUCAAGAAGAUCGACAGCCCUCCUAUUAGAAGGUCCACAUCAUCAGGGCAAUACACAGGCUUCAAUGACCAUAAGCCAUUGGACCCAGAGACGAUCGCUCAGGAUAUUGAAGAGACGAUGAACACUGCUUUGAACGAACUCCGAGAACUGGAGAGACAGAGUACAGCAAAGCACGCCCCCGAUGUGGUGCUGGACACCUUGGAACAAGUGAAGAACGCGCCCACCCCCGCCACGUCCACAGAGUCUCUCAGCCCUUUGCACAACGUUGCCUUCAGGAGCUCCGAGCCUCAGAUCCGACGCAGCACGAGCUCCUCCAGCGACACAAUGAGUACUUUCAAGCCUAUGGUGGCACCCAGGAUGGGUGUGCAGCUAAAGCCCCCAGCCCUUCGACCAAAACCUGCCGUUCUUCCAAAAACAAACCCUACGGUGGGACCGGCCCCACCUUCCCAAGGUCCAACAGACAAGUCUUGCACGAUGUAAACUCCAGAUGAGCAAGGUCCUAUGGGGCAGUGAUUUAAGAAACAAAACAAAACAAAAAACGGAUCAUUGACAAAAGUCAGUGAUCUUUAACUUUCCUUAGUUUCAUGCUUAUAACUGGAGAUUUUUGGCUUUUCUAUGUUCUUGAAUGUAAUGUCGGAGACUAGCUAAAUUAACACGGGCAUUUGUAUUUUGUAAUUUUCUUCCUUUUUUCUUAGUAACUGGACUUAUGUCAUUUUAAAGACAAUAGAAACACUUAGAUUUACUUGAAAAUCCAAUGCUGCACCAUUUGUCACGAAGGCCACACCACUCUGCUCUCCGCGUCGUUCGGCGCUUCAGGUUUAGUGUAGCCUGGGUGAGUCGGAAAUGUCUGGAUCCAAAGGCACAAGCGUCUGAGUCCCAGGCCGUGGAGUAUAACCAGUGUUGGUCUGUGGCGCUUGGGGGGAAUGGCUGGAAAGUGGUAACGGCAUUGUUGGGUAGCUGACAGCAAGUACCUCUGAGUCCGUGCAGUGGGACGAGGUCCCACUCGUGCCCAGGCUUGCAGUUGUCACGGUGGGACGUGCCCAGUGGGACUCUCAGCCCACUGCCUGAAUGAGUUGCAUGGUUGCCUCUUUCAUACGAGUCACUUCCCUGGGUCCGGAUUAAAAGCUCAGAGGAAGGGGUCGGACCCUCUGCAGUUACUUCUUGAACGGAACCUAGAAAAGGGGAAAGCUAAUCCUCCAGAGCUAUCGAAGUGACUCCUUCCUCAAGCCUGGUCAGGCCCCCAAAGACUUCCAGGUCCGUCCCCUGCAUUCACAAAGGACUAGAACGGUCUAACUGUAAAGACUUCCUGGUUACACUCCUCCACAAGUUCCUUCAGAGGUCUGUUACAAACUGCCUAGAAAAUACUUCCAGCUCCCCUAAACCCCUGUGUUCUCCUGUGGAAAUGGAGAGCACGGGCAGCACACAAGUCCUUGGUUCGCUCAGCCUUCUCUCCCGACUAAAUGACCUCGGUUCCUUUAAACCCGAUACAGAGGCUUGAUGAUCCUAAGGUGACUCCCCAGCUCUCCUCUCCCAUUGGCCUCUUUGAGCCAACCAAGAACUGGCUGUGGUACUGGAGUAAGAGCCAUGCUGGCCAAGGUGGGGGGGGGGGGGUGUCACAUGGUUCCAGGAGGAGUUCCUUCCAAUUUUGCACCCUGGAACCAUGACUUUUUUCUUUUCUUUUCAGGUGGUCUCAACAUAACCCAGAUAGUCAGGUGAGCUCCGUAAGGUACCCUCUUUCUCUGACAUCCUGGCACAGAAACCAUUUUCUCUGUGUUUUCCCACUGUCUUAAAAAGGUUGCUUUGAAUUCAGUUGUUUUUACUAAGGUACAAAUCACCACUCCUGCCAGCAGCAGCUUAUAUCGUGUGUAAACCUAUGAGCAUGUUUUCUGCUCUGACCUUGAACUUAAUGAUAAAGAGAAUUUUUUUUUUUUUAGAUAAAUGGGUGGCCCAGAACUAACCCCUCUCGACCACCAUUGAUUUCCUUCUAGCUUUGGUUUCAAACUGGAAGCCAUUUGCCUGCCCACCUAAGAGUUGCACAGUAUGGACUUGAAUCUGUUAGCCCGCUGGUGAAUGCCUCAGGCAGGAAAGAAUGAGGAUCUGUACUAAAAAAUCAAGAUCAUUCCUGGGAUCUCUCCCUCAGUUUGCCAGUCUAAUCAUUGUAACGCAAAGAGAGAUUAAAUUAAUGACAUAGGGUUACCUUUCAAAGUCACACUUCUGAUUGCCAGCCAGUGGCCUAACUUCACAGAUGGAUUGAAUCGAGAUUUUUUUUCCAAGUAUCCAGGUAUGGUAAGCUUUUAAAUCUUUGAGGUUUCUGAAGCAUCCAUUUUGCCCAUUGUGAAAAUGAUGCCCAGUCCAGCAUCUUCUCUACCCCCCUGCCAUUUCCCUUGAGCUUUAGUGGUCCUUCAUCAACUUUAGACACCAUGGAGACUCAGCCAGGAUUGAGCUCUGAGUAGCACUCACCCUUUUAAACAAUCUUCCCAAAUUCCUAGGAAAUUGAAACCUUGCUGAAUAACCUCCCAGUUCUUUCCAGAGUCCACUUGGGUUUCUAGUUCUCUGCUGCUAGAUGGGGAAACAGAAGCCGAGAAUAAAGGCGGAAGUAAUGGAGGAGGAGACUUUAAAUCUUUUAGAAAUUCAAAUGAAAAGGAUUGUUAAAAACGGUUUUUCCAUCGAUGGUGCAAGAGUAAGAUGUAAACAGAGGGUUUCAAAAGGGCAGAGGGGUGUCUUCUACAAGUUUUAACUUAGAUCUUACUCCUACAAGUUCAUGUCUUCGGAUUUCUCCCUGGCAGUCCUGCCCAGACUCUCCCCUCUUCAGUGUUUACACCGCUGAUGAAAUGAGGGUUGCCUUUCCAACCACCAAAUUAGGACUCUGCUCCCUUAGGUGGCUGCUCUGGGGCCUCAGAGGCUGUGCCUUCUUGCAGGAAAUUUCUAAUGCUCCCCCAUCACUGUCUUACCCAUCUCUCUCUCUUCUCCCUAUACCCCUGUGACACCUUGAGGUCUUUCUUUUUUUUUUUUUUUUUUUCCUGUCUUUUUUAUUUGUUCCAAUUCCCAUAGAAGGACAUGACCUCACAGGGAAUAAGGAUUCACCUAUUCUUUCUUUGUUUUGGUAAAAGUCUUCAGAUUCCAGGGAGAAGACAAGGUGGCCACUUCACAGAGGAUCCAAAAUAACACCCUGAAAGCUCAUUAAAAGCUUCUGGUGCAUUCGCCUAGUGCAUGGCCUUCUCUACAGCCACACAUCUAGUGGGGAGUAGGAAUCAUGCAAAGGGUGGGGAGGAAAGGAAGAAUCCUUGAGAUGUUAUGCCCCCGGUUUCAAGGAUCAUAUUGUUCUUCGUGCACAGUUUGGCAAGGGGGUCAUUUUGAUGAUGGGCAGACGAUGGUUCUACAAAGAUGAUCAGACUCCACUUACGCAAGAAUAUAUAUUCACAGCUGAUAUAACUCUGUUCAUGUCCCAUCCAUAGAACUCACUAAGUAGGCUUACAAGUUGACCUUUUGGUUUGGGUCAGGGGUAUUGGGAAAGGACUGAUUGAUAAGAGAGAGAAAAGGUACUCCAUACACAUUUUCUGAUGCGUGUUCUGUAAAUUAUUUGAACCAGUCCAGUGGCCCUGUGCAGAGCUCUGUAUUCAUGUUCAGGGUCAACGCUAUCAGUCAACUGUUUUGCACGUUUUCACACAACAUGAUCUGACUUUGGUGCCCCUUGAGCCAUGCAUAGAAUAAUUUAGAGCAGGCUCCCACUUAAUCUACUGCAGGAAGCAUGAAUAGCUCUCAGCAGAUGUAGAGCAAACGGGUCACAUUGUAUUAACCGAGUUUUCUUUGUACUCUUGCCAUUCCCAAAAAGGGCUUAUAAUUUAAGGAAAAGAUAAGAGUGGGAAGGAUUGUGGUCUCCCCAGCAUUUGGGAAUGACACGAGGUCUACAAAAUGAAGAAACUUUAAUGUGAUAAGUACAGCCUCUAAAAUUCAAAAAGCCCACACUGUAUGUUAAGCAACUGGAAUUUAAAAACUUAAAAAAAAAAAAAUAAAGAGCCCAUGGGUCUAUUGAGGAUUUAGAAGACUUCAGAUUUGGGAUCGCAUUCAUUCUCGUCCUGACCACAGUAGUGAGACACCGUAAAAGCGGGAAAAGCACUCGGAUGAGCCUUGCUCUGAGUUGCCCAUCGCUGAGGCCACAGUCCCGGAGCAACUUAGAUGCAAAGGCUCAUCCGUGUGUACAAUAGAGCUCCCUACUCCAGACAGUCCCCUGAGCUGAAAACCAAACCUCCAGCUGGGCUGAGGUGUCAGGCUUGGUGCAGGGUGACUUUGGCACCCCUUUAUUCAGAUCAGUAAAACAAACUGGAAAUUGAGAUUUCACUUACCCUAGUAUACUUUCUUUAAAAAAAAUAGUCUAUGUGGUAUAAUCGAGAUGGGUACCUGUAUCUUUAAAUUACAUAGGGACUUUUGUAUGUUUAAAUAAUUGUACUGGGUUCCAUAAUGCUUAUCUUAGAAACUGUUUAGUAAAAGAAAAUAUAUAAACCGUGCAUUUGUGAAUGCCCCCUUUAGAGCAUUCAUCCAAGUUCAGUGUGUAGUGUGAUGGUUAUUAUAGAUGUUUAAAGUAUAGUAAGUGGCUGUGUAACAGGAGAGACUGCUAAAAUUUACCUACGGAAUUAAGGAUAACUCCUGCCCACGUAAUUAAAUCAGUAUUGUCCUUUCCUGUCGGUUUGAUCAAUUGCAGUACUGGUAGCUUCCUGCUUGUGACUGUUACUAAUCGUGUCAAUGUACAUCUGUAGUAUGUACAUGUGAAAGUGCCUUUCUAUUUUAGAGGAGUUUUAGCCUUGCUUUUUACUGUCACCCCAUCCACCCCUCCACUCUUGCGUCUGGCCUCCCUGCCCCAAUUCCUACCGCCCCGUUGAGCGCCCCCUCCACCCUUCCACUCAUGCUCCUGGCCCCCCUGUCCCAAUUCCUACUACCUAUCUGAGCGGAAACUUCCUCCACGCUCUCCCUGCUUCUCUGUGUCCCGUCCUGUACCUCGGUGCUCAGUAUCGUCCGUCUUGCAUCCUUGUCCGUCAUCAGACUGUCUCGUUUUGCUGGUAGCCGUGACUGUGCCUUUCCCGUCCGCAGUGUCCCUGUGUCCUCCCUCCCGCUGUCUCUCUAGCUGCUGCAGCCCACAUGUCACCUGUGAUCUGUGCUGCCUCCGUUACAGUUCCUCGGCUCUGAGGCGGAAAUUUGGGAGGAUGCUUUUACAGUUCUGGAAGAAAAGAAAUGUUUUGUUAAUCUGUUGUGACAAUGCACUUUUAUGUAUAGUACUGUACAUUUUGGCAUGUACCAUUCCAGGCUUCAAUAUACAGUCAGGUCUGUUCUUCAUGGUGUAUCUUUAUAAUAAAUAAGAUAGUUCUGGCUGCCUUUGUCUUCUCA